AUGAUAGAAGAUGGAGAGAUUUCAGAAUUAUGUAAGAUGUGUGGGAAACCUGAUAAAUAUAAAUGUCCUUAAUGUGAAACUAAGACUUGUUCCUUAGAUUGUUGCAAAAAACAUAAAUAAAUUUAUAAUUGCAAUGGUAUUAGAGAUCCAACUAAAUAACCUAAUAAAAUUACAGAACUUUUAGUUUAAAGAGAUUAUAAUUAUGUUAAUGAAGUGAUGAAAACUACAGAGAUAAUAUAAAAAAAAUUAGUUGGAAUCACAGCUUUGCCAGAUGCUAUGAGAUAUAAAUUAUUAAAACAUUAUGCAAGAAAGAUGAAUGUGGAUGUUAUUUUAGCACCAAAAAUAAUGAAAAAACAUAGACAAAAUUUAUCAUUUUACUCUAUAAAAGAUAAAUAAAUUCAUUGGUGUUUAGAAUUAUAAUAUCUAAAUGUUAGUUAUGUUACAAAACCCAUAUCAUAGAAGACAAUACUUUAGGAUGCUAUACUAGAACAAGAUUUAUUUGAUUCUAAAUUAUUAGAUUAAUAUAAAAUAAAUACUUCAAAAGAUUCAUUAAAAUCUUUUUUUGAAGAAGGUAAGAUAUAAUUAUGUUGGUAAUCCUAUGAAGUUCUUGAUUUUACAGAACAAGAUGAAUAUAAGUUUAAAAAUUAAAAGAAAAGAUUAAAUUAAGUAAAUAGUCAUUAAAAAUAAACAUUGUUUAUUGAUCCUAAAAUUACAAUUGAAUAAGUAAUCAAAGGAUAUACAGUAUUCGAAUUUCCCAGUUUUGAAAUCAAAUUUUUAUUGCAACCUUAAUGA